AUGAUGGUCCCAAGAGCUUAUCUUUUCAGUUCCCUACCUCCGUCUCCGAAGACUUCUCUCCGUCAACAUGGUGAGAGAACUCCAGUCACCAAAUCCUCCCUGGAUCUUCUCCCCGUCCAAGAUUUUGCGAGUCUCGAAUUUCCAUCCGAAUCUUCUCCGCAGACCAUGCACACCAGUCCGGUUGUGAUACCCCCGAAGCGGGCUCCUCGCGUGACUUCGGUACAUUCGCAGACCGCAAAGAAAGGGCCAGCCACGCCGAAGAAGUCUAGAACGGUGUCUCACAAGUCGUCGUCGGCCACUUUGACUGACCGGUCCGUGCCAAGUUCGAUUGCGUCGAUCCUGGAAGCCACGGCAAUCCCCGUGCCUCGCCGGGGCUGGACUGUUCGAGAGUCUCGCAACCGCAGAAAACUGCCUCGUGUGGAUCAUGUGCAGCAAUUCAGCAAGCUGUUGAUGGACGGUGUGGGCGAUAAUUCUAUGGAGAGCACGGGCAACACGGUGCUGGAUCUACUUCUGAGUCCCCCGGAUGAGGUCGACAAGUCGACUGUUGGGAGUGAUUGUGACAGUGAGGCGCCGUCUUUCUCCGCUUGCUCUAUGUCCCUUGAGUCGACGCCGUCGUUGGAGCGCGACUACGACUCACCAUCCAGUCUCCCGGCGCCGUCUACGCCGUCAAGCCAGCGGAGCCCGUUGGAACGAAAGUUUCACCGCCAAUCACCUUGUGAGAACUGCAUCUUCGACCACCCUUUGCUAGAAAACGAAGUUUCGGACACGGAAGAGGAUUUUGUCGAGCAGGCCUCAUUGCCCGAUCUGACCCCGAAGAGCCCGACCCCAUCUCGAACGUUCCCGCGGUUAGGAUCCACAUUCAAAUCUAACCUAACGGCUUCUUUGCGAGCAAUCAAAUCUGCUGCGCAGAGUGUCUCGGCUUUUGCUACUCCUUCCGUUCAGCCGGACGACUUUCUGACCCGGUCGCUCUUCACGAUCACGCCGGAGAUGACGGACGACCGACGGCCUCCGCCCAUGAACGAGCCGCCAUCUCCCGCACUCCGACGGUACCUGAACCCAAUAACGGUCUCACCAGCGGAGAUGUAUGCUUAUCAGGAAUACCCACACGAGUCCCUUGAUAGCCCCAACUGCCCUGUUUCCGUGCAAAUGCAAACGUACCAUCGCUCGGGUAGGCGCGGCAGUCGCAGGAGCGGGUUCCACCUAGCACGCUCUGAGGGCCGCGACCGACAGCUGCUACCAUUCGACCCGGAGAUCCCGCCCAUGUCACGCCAGCGCGAGCCGCGGGAGAACAGCGAUUUCCUGCGCAUGGUGGUUCUGGAGAUGAACAUGCGACGCAGCGGCAAGCUUCGGGACGAUGUUCCGACGCGGGCCCGGAUCUGGCUGCCUCCCCGCAAGGGCAGUCAGGGCCGUUAUGUUCGGUAUGACUAUUACGAGGAUGAGGAUGAGGACGAGAACGCAGUUCCCUCUCGUUGGGUCGGGAUCUCCGUGAGCAGUCUGUAA